UUGCAACCAGGUAUUAGAAGAUACGAAACCGCUAGUACAUAUAAGAGGAGGGUUCGGACACGUAAUCAUCCCAUACACUUUGUGUACUUUGAGGAAGACGGUCGUCCUGAACAAUAAGAAAAAUGAAACUGUUGGUGGUGUUCGCCUUGAUUGCCGCUGCGUGGGCCGCGCCGCAGAACCCGCAGGAUGUGCAGAUCCUGCGUUAUGAUAUCAACAAUGGAGGACUCGACGGCUACAAUUUCGCGUGGGAGCUCUCAGACGGCAGCAAGCAGCAGGAAACAGGUCAGCUGAAGAACCAGGGCACUGAGAACGAGGCCAUCGCUGUCCAGGGAUCGUACUCGUGGGUGGGCCCUGACGGCGUCACCUACACCGUCAACUACAUAGCUGACGAGAACGGCUUCCAGCCUCAAAUCGAGCAGGGCCCUGGAGGUGCCGUACCAUCCGCCGUCGUCGCCUCCCUCCUCGGCUAAACACACCCCACUUUCCCAUUAGGAAAUACCAUUGUAAAUAGUACAACAAUAUGAACCUGUAUAUAAUAUUUAUAUACUGAUUCAUUAGUAUAAUUUAAAAAAUAAAUACUAUUUAAAUUA